AUGGGUCUUUGCUUAUCGUGUCUUUCAGGGUCUCAGAGUGACGAAGAUGAUGAAACCACAUCGCUUUUGCGAAGAAGCCAGCAGAACCAGAGCCCUGAUUAUCUACAAGAGGAAGAACUAAUGAAACAACACAAACGUCAGCAAGAACUAAAUCACAUUGUUAAUGAUUUGUCAGAUAAGUUAAUUGACGUUGCUUCUUUUUUGAGCUCUAAAAAUCACGCUAACAACUAUAACAACGGUAACACGUCAAGCAGUACAAAACCAAGCUUGCUGACACAGCUCUCUACUAUGGGACUCAAUACGCAAACAAGCUUUGGUAACUUGAGCCUCGGUGAUAUACGUGAUGAAGAGACUCUGCUGGCGCUGGUACUGAGACAGUAUCCAUAUAUCUACAAUCAAUCGGAGAAAGAAAAAGUGCUUCGCAAGAGUAAGAGUUUGGGUGACUCCGUACGUCAAGCAUGUCAAGUGACUGUAUCGGAACCUUUAUAUUUGAAAUUCUAA